CGCGGCGCAAAAGUCUGGAAGUGCGUGUCAUUGCGGGAGAGACCUGGCUACCUUACUGCCCGUACAGGUAUACAGGCCGGCACGGAACUGCCUGGAAGAGGACGGCGGCGAGGAACGAAGAGGACGGAAUCAAGGCAUCCCCGCAACGGGCGUGCUCCAUUCAAUCAUUCAUUCGCGCGACAUCAUCCAGCUUUAUGCCUGCCCUUUCUGUGUUACGUUUCUCUUUGAGCCUUCAGUUCCCUUCGCCUAAUCCGACUAGAGACCAGACGACCCAGGCUUCUAGAGUGCACACUAACGGGACCACUCCGGACGCCAAAAGCAACAAGGACUGGCACCCACUGACUGCCCAAGCCAAGAAGCACCACCUCGACGGCCAAUAAUCCCAACACGAACCGCCCAAUCUGCGCUCGGCCCACGCCUUCUUUUUCUUCCCAUCCGUCUUCUAGAUACAAGUCUUUCUUCCCACUUUGCAAUCUUCAACCUUGCUAGGGGCCCUUCCGCUUUCUUUCCCCUCUCUCCAGCAAACCAGGUGCCGAACGAGAUAACGAGGUCCUCGAGCGAGCGAGCGAUAGCCCAAACGACCAGGACAAUUCGAGCCCGCCAACUGCCACUACACUACACUACGCUAGGUGCAGCGAUCCAAGCGAGCGAACGAGAGCGAGCCCCUCGACUGCCCAAAUUGUGAUACGCCCUCACUUCGUCUUUUUUUUCCGGCGCCCGCCAUACACACACGCUGAUACCAAGCAAAGCCCGCAAAGCCCGCAAAGCCCAGCCCUCGUUUCCUGGCCCUCCGCCUCUGAGACAGCGUGACCGCAUGCUACAGUCGACCGAGACAUCGAUUAGUCCGAUCACGGCUUGAUAUUACCGGCCCCCCGAUUCCGUCCCGAAAGCUGAAGCACCACCACCAGCCCGGGAGGCCCUGUGACGUUGUCUCCAGGCGCACCUGCUGUACCUGCCAGCCCUGCCAGCCCUGCCUUGUCAACACCUGUCGCCAAUACUGUCUGACUGCUUGCUUGCUUGCUUACUUGCUUGCCUGUCCUCUUAACUGAGGGGUCAUCGCUAUCCGCGCCAGGUCUCGCUGAUCUGCUUGUGAUAGACGACUAAUACACCACUCCACGACCCUGUUUGGUUUUGAAAGCAGAAAAAAAAAACAGAAGAAAACAAAGAAAACAAAAAGGCACCCGAGGGCUGCUGUGGCAUUCGGCCCAUCCUCCUCCCCCCCAAAUAGGCCUCUAUUCUCUUGUCUAGAUGAUGACCUCAUCCCGUCCCCAAGGCGAUGUUGGCUCCAGUUUCGCCAGCCGACGCGGCCACGACCGACUGUCGAUAUCCGAUCCUAGCCGCCACGUCACCGAGACCAUAGGAACAAUGUACACCAUCGACGACGACGACUCCGGUCCCGAAGACGGCCGUCGGGCCAGCCGCCCCCUUAGCUUCAUUGCGACCCAGGGAGAUCACUUGGAGCGCCUCGCUAGUCUCGCCGAGGAGCCCUCCGAGGAGAACUCGGGGGAUGAACUGCGCCUCGUCCGGACAACCUCAGACAAGACCAAGUCAACACUACACGACACCACCACUGGCCGAGAGGGGGGCGAUGAUGGGUUCAUGGGUGGACGCACCUCGAAGGAGUCCAGCACCCUCCCGGUGAGGAAGUCAAGCGACACGAGCAGUUCGUCAGAAAGACCGGCCUCUCCGCUUUCGCCCGCGCGCUCGAUACGGGAACUCCAGGCCGAUGGGUCGGCAUCCCAGUUCCCCAUGACGAAUAUCGACGACGCCAACGACAUUGCACAAGAGUUGAGUAAUCUGCAGGCGCUGCGGCGGCUAUCGAUGGAUGUUGGGAAUUUCAACGACCCCGAUCUUCUUCCUUUCUCGAAUAUGGGCCUAGUCCAGUCUGGUCCACCAUCGGGCGAAGAUGACGAAGCAGACCCGUCCCGUUUGCUAUGGGUACCUGCGAGAGUACACCCGGAACUCGAACCUACGGCGUUCAAAGACUUCCUGGAGAAUCGCGUGCAGGCAAUAAAGCGGCGGUCCAGUGACUCCAUGUUGUCGAUUGACCUGAACCGAAGUGACUCAACAGGUGGAGGAGGGGGCCUGAGGAGAAAGAAGUCAAUGCUCUCUCGCCAAAUCAAGCCGACGAGUGAGGGUAUUGACUACGUGGAUGGCGCAGAAAGGCUGCAACGGCAACGCUCCCUACAUGGCGAUGGUAACCCAGAACCUAGCCUGAAUGAGUUGGUAGAUGAUCCUUCGAAAGCAGUCAAGAAACUGGCGCUUGAGACUCACCAAGAGGUGGACGAGGGUGACAUCCCGAUACUUCCUGCUCCAAGUAUGGGUCUAAGACGCUCCACAAAGACAACAUACAGAAAAAGCGGCAGUGUACGCGGGAACAAACCGUCAUUUUCGAAGAGGGCCCAUGGAAGGCAGUCAUCCGAGCUUGAAGAUGAUAUGCCCCCUGUUCCGGCAAUGGACGAGGCGUCAAGUCAAGGUCUGAAGAGGGUACAGUCCGAGCCGGCCCUGGCUGAUCUCUACUCACAUCCCGAGAAAUCGCUGCACACACGGCAAAAUUCUGCGCGCGAUCCCUCGGGUUCGUCCAAAGAUAUAACCGUACGACGAUCGUUAGAAGACACACCCAACAGAGCUCUUCAGCACGAACCAAAGUCGGCUAGCCCGCCUGCCCCGGCCCCAGCGGAAGUCCUCCCUGUCAAGAAGACUCCUCCGCCCAUACCGCCACCCACAACCGCCCCGCCGCCGGUGCCUGCAAUCGUUGCGACGCCGCCAGCAGAGACAAAUAAGCAGACUCUGCCCGAUAGAUCCUCCACUCAAAAGGCGGACGAGCCGUCGGCUCGCGUCGAGAAACGUCCGUCGAUUGACGCAACCAAUUCGACAGCGCAAGCUAAUGGCAAGAGUCAGCCUAAGCCUUCUGCGCCGAGCGUAAUUACGCAACCCCCGCCGGCAUCGGAUGAGAAGAAAGCGGACAAGAAGGCGAAAGAGAAGGAAGAGGUUGAAGCCCCCACCAAAUCGUCCGGAUGGAAAUGGUUCAAGAGUGAUGAGAAGGACAAGAAGAAGCGCGAGAAGGAAAAGGAGCGCGAGAAAGAGGAGCAAGCUCGGAAAGCGAAGAGCAAGGGCGGAGACAAGAGCCAUGAUGCGACCCGGUUGGACGUUCUACAAAACUCGAUUGAAGGCUCUUCCAAAGGCCGGGAGAGCCUGGUGCUGGAUCGGGAUAGUAUCGACAAGAACGAGGACAAGAAGAAGGAGACCAAGAAGGAAAAGGAAGGCUUCUUUGGUGGUCUUUUCGGAGGCAAAAAGAAGGCUGACAAGGAGCCUGCCAAGAAGAAGGAGCAAACCCUACUUACUCCAGAACCUCCUCGCCGAAAACUUGUUCCCGAUGUCGACUACUCUUGGACUCGCUUCCCGAUUAUUGAAGAGCGAGCCAUUUACCGGAUGGCUCACAUCAAGCUUGCGAACCCCCGCCGACCCUUACACAGUCAAGUCCUGCUCAGCAACUUUAUGUACUCUUAUCUCGCAAAGGUCCAGGCCAUGCAUCCCCAGCUCAACGUGCCCACCUCACCGCAGCAAAGGCGGUUGGAGGAAGAGCGCAAGCGCCGUGAAGCCGAACAGAAGGCGGCGCAGCAGCGAGCAAUGGAGCAACUCGCCCUUGAACAACAAAUGGCGGCGAUGUCUGGCCAAAGCGAUUUCAACUUUGAGUACCAUCGCGCUGGAAAUGGGUAUGGCGAGGCAUCGGGCGGCGGCACUCAGUACGUUGAUGACGCUCAGAUCUAUGAAUACGAGCAACAACGGAACGAAUCUCGCGCCCGCCAGGAACAACAACAAGAAAAUGGCAAAGAUGGCGAGGCAAAGGACAUGUGGUAGGCCGACCACGGCCCGUCUCCCAGCUGGUCCAGACUCUGCCUAGCUGGUUGAAGAAGUCUGUGGUACCAGUCCCAGGCCAUCACUCUGGUGGGUUAAACUGCACGUCAGGCUUGACAAACGUCUUGUCCGGCGAGGAAUAAGAGACGGGCUCAGGCUCCUUUAUAGUGCGAGAGGAGGUAGUGGGACAUUUGACAAGAGCAUAUUGUACUUAGCUAAUCUUCCUUUUCUUUUCGACUUUGUAAACGAGAGCAGCAGCAGCAGGAGGAGAAGGGGGAGGAGGAGGAGAAACAACACGAAAAACAACCCAGCAGCGAGCAUCGGGAUUGGCGUAUCGGGACACAAAUGUCAUGGAAUGGGGGGAGGCGGCAAGGCGAUGAAAGAUAUAUAAGGUAUUUAUUGGGUGUUGUAAAAGAGAUCAAUGUUUGAGAGUGGAUGGAUGGCAGGUAGGAAGGAAAUGGGUUGGGAAUUCAUUGCAACUCUAUUUUUUUCUUUUUUGCUUUUUUCUCAUCAUGUUGCGAGUCGGGAUCUAUCUACCCUUGAGAGGAGAGAGAAAGAGACCGAGAGAGAGACAAAGAGCUUAUCAUCCUGUUCUGUAUCACAACGCAACGAAAAAUGACACGGCAGUAGUAGGUCUGUUGGUCCGCCUUGGGAGCAACUCUCUUCUUCUUCCUGACAGCGACUUUGGGCUGCCCGCUGCACCAGAUUUGGAAACAACAACUGUCUCUCCGUGCGCUUUUCAUCAAGUGAAAUUUGGCAGCUUUCUUCCUGGUUAGUGUACACCUUGCCCUCGUUGACUAGUAGGUAUUUUGAGUACCUUGUUGAUCC